CUGGUGGUCCAUGGAAAGUUUUACAAAAUAGUAAUGGAGUGGUGCUAACCCUGAUUUACCUAGUAUUUUGCCCACGAUGUGGGUCUUAAAAUGUUUUCUCAGUUUUAUACAUCUACUGUUGUACAUAAGAUGGAUCAUAGCUAUUUUAUUUGACGGAAUUAGGAGUUAUUUCUCGAUCAGUUCGAGAACGUGUACACAUGGAAAUAUUAAGAACGAUUCACUAAACCUUAAGAAACUUCCAAGACACAUCAGUUUCAUGAUUCUAGAGUCCGAUAUCAGUUUUGUAGACCUGGCUCAACUUAUCGUCUGGUCAAUGGCCAUGGGAAUUCCUUACAUCAGCGUUUACGAUAAAGAGGGUAGGUCGUACAAUUUCAAUUUGCCUGUACUCAGUAUGAUGUAAUUUACUUUACCCUCAAAUGUAACAAACCUCAAUGCAUUUUUCGAAUCAGUUGUAAAAAGAAUAUUGCUCGUUUUCAGGCAUACUAAAGAAGAAUGUUGCAGUCUUCUCAAGUGAAAUUAUUCGGAAGCAAAAAGAAGUUUUUACAGAUGAAUCCAGCAAAUACACAUUUGUUCUGAGAACAAAAGACGUUAAAUUCGAUUGUGAGAUCCUUGGUAAGUCAGAGCAAUGUAUAUUUGUUUGGUUGUAAGGCUUUGUGAUGCUUAUCUUUUUUUAUUUGGGUUCUAAUAACAUGGAUGUUUGAUGAUUAAAAUUAUUUUUUUCUCUUAUUGCGUAUUAAAAAUCGUAGUCUUCCCUGGGGUCUUGGUCCAGAUUGACAUGUUUCUCAUAUUACUCUGAACUUUAUACGUUAUUUCCUCCUCGGCACAAUAGCCAAUUAAUGAAGUGUUUCCGGUUUAUUCCCACAAGAAAGAUCAGAGUGUGAUUUAAUUCUCAUGCUGUGACUCUGAUCUCAUACAUCAGACAUGACUGUUGUGUGGAGGAGAACAAAAGUUUUGUUCUUUGAACUUCAGCACUAUCAGUAUCUCCUGGUCCAAAUCCCAUAUUGAUCAUACUAUUUUUAGUUUUCUUGUGUUUCUUCCUAUUAUGUGAUCCUUAGAUAGGUUUGUCAUAUGUUAAGCAUGUGACAGGAUAUCAGGUAUAGAAGCUGACAAGCAAAGGUCAUGAAAAUUCUGUCAACCCUUGCUAUUCUGGAUACAUUUUAUGGAUAAUCUACUUACUCUGCUGUGGUAUUUUUUUCUCAAUUUUGAGGAUCAAGUGAUUAAUUUUUUCCUAUAGCACAGUCUUUGUUAAAUAAAAAACUGCAGAAGUUGACUUUGUAUUUUUAGAAUACUGUUUUUACACACUGUCCCAAGUUUCUCAUUCUUGAAAUUAUCAUUUGCACUAGAAUAAUUCACCAAUUAUUGGUCAUGGAAAUAUUAAUCCAAACAUUUUUUUUCUCUGGUUAUGCAAGACAAGGUUAUCAUGAAUGUCUGUCUGUUGAUUUAAAGUUGUCUUCAAACUUUCCAUAAUCUUAGUCAUCACAUUCUAUAAGAUUAUAUCAGUGCCUCCUUAAUGGUCAUCAUGUUUAUCUUUCCCCAAUUUUUUUGCCCAGUAUUGUUGACUCUACUCCAGCUAUUGAAUUAGUGAAUUUGUGACUAUUGUGUUGCUGUUCUUUUUUGUAGCACCAACACAAGUGUGUAUCAGCUUGCUGUCUGAGCAGGAUGGAAAGGGAGACAUUGUUGAUGCUGCAAGGGAGUUUUGUAAGGGAGUCCAACUGAAGCAUAGAACACCUAAACAAAUGGAGCCAGAUGUUUUCAAUGGUAUUCUAAAAGGUAAGUGGAAGGAAAGGAAACUUAAUCACCAUUUGAUCAUUUGCACAGUAGGUGGGAGUUUUAACCCUUUAACUCCCAGAAGUGAUCAACAUGCAACUUCUCCUAGUUGUGUUUGUAUGUCAUCCAGCAAACAGUUAAGGAGAAUACUCAAACUCAUCAACUAAAAGUUUAUCUUGACAUAAUAUCAAAUUAUUACAUCAAAUUUACAAGGAAAUAUGUAGCAGUUAGAAGGGAGACUUAGCAAUCAAAUCUUAAGAGUUAAAGGGUAAAAAAAUCAGGAUUUCACUUUUCGUGACAACUCUGUGUCUGCAAUUGUAAGUCAGGGUUAGGGUUAUGGUUAAGUGUUAACAAAUGAGGAUUUCUUCCUUGUUUGAAAUUACAGAGCAGCUUCUUAUUUUUGAUUCACCAGGAUCACUAACAAUUGAAUUGCAUUAAAAAAAAUAUAUUUUUUUAAUGAUGCAAUAAGUGUCAAAAAUUACAAAGAAAUCCUGCAUUUGGAUGCUUCAAGGAAUUUUAAAAUCUCUGGUUAAAAUCUCUAUUUUGUUGGUGUCACAGAGUGGAUUUCAAUGCAUGGCACUGUUUUUAAAUGCCACAGUGUUUAUUAAAUUUUUCUUGAUUUGAGUGUGGUAUUUAAUGGAGAGCGGCAUUUAUAUGAGGGCAGUGUUUAUUUAAAAUCCAAUUUAUAUCUUGCCGACAAUAACAUGGCAACUGACUAUCUGAAUAAAAAAAAAGAAACAUGUUUUGGUGCUUGUCUCAAAAGUAAUUUUUUAGAUCAUUCUCAAUUUCACAAUUUGCAUGUUAAUGCUACUGCAGUACAUAAGGUGAAUAAAGAUUUAACAUCGGAUAUGCUUUCUUGACAUCAGAACUGGUACAUACAAAAGUAUUUUUGUCUGGUUCACCCAAAAUUUCCAACUGCAAUGAAAGCACUGAUUGCUGUGUGCUUUUUUAGUCUAUUAUUUGAAUAAAUGCCGCAUCAUGAUGUGGUGUUUAUUCAAGGGCAGCAGUCAUUAACACUUUUGUUCUAAAAUGCAGCAUUUAUUUAAUGGUGGCAUUUAAUCAAGUUAAUACAGUCGGUGAACUUGAAGUUUUCAUACAUGUAGUUAGUAUUAAGUACUUGUAAAGAGCUAGUUAUGCCCAAAAUAAUAACCUUCAAUGGAAACAGAGCUUCUAAUGCAGAAUGUUUUUAUUGUAGCAACAUGUGGAAUACCAGACCCAGAACUUGCCUUAAAGUUUGGUGAUGUACAAAUGAUAAUGGGAUUCCUUCCAUGGCAAACUCGCCUCACAGAAUUUCAGUAAGUAACCAUGGUUGUUACAUUUUACAGGCACCCUUUGAGGCAUAGAUGCAACUGCAUAAUCAAUGGAAGGUGCUGCAGUAAUUAGCUCCUUGCUUGUUAAAAAGCACUCUCACAGAAGGGAGGCACCUCAAAUGCUUGCCACGUCUUUGGGGUUCAUAAUUUAAAUUGUUGUAUUUGGUAUGGCAGAUGAGAACACAUCCUUCAAAACUGGUUAACUGAUUUACAAUUAAAGCAACCCCCUCCUCCCCUGCCCCCCCCCCCCACUCCCCACCCCCCUCUCCCCUCCUCCCACUUCCUGAUAUUCCAAGCUCUUUAAGUACAGUGGAAUCUCUUGGGUUUAAUCUCCCUUUCAGACAGAGUUUACUCAAUAAAUGGUUUUCUUUCUUUGUUUAUAGGCCUUUAAGAAGUCACAUCAACAUCAACUAUUCCACUUUCCUUUCAUCUCUUAUAAAAUAUGGAAAAUGUCAACAAAGAUUUGGCAAAUGA